AUGGCAGCGUCCAAGGUUACCUUCAAGAUAACGCUCACAUCCGAUCCGAAACUCCCGUUUAAGGUCCUAAGCGUACCAGAAACGACACCCUUCACAGCGGUUCUAAAAUUUGCUGCCGAAGAGUUUAAAGUGCCACCAGCAACGAGUGCUAUUAUCACGGAUGAUGGCAUCGGCAUCAACCCGCAACAGACCGCCGGUACCGUGUUUCUGAAGCACGGUUCCGAGCUACGAUUAAUUCCUCGCGAUCGUGUCGGAUGCUGCUGAGAGUCGGUUUCGUCAACCUCUGUUAGA